AUGGCAUCUCAAGCCGAUUCAUCUCUGCAAGCCAUCUGUAAUCACUGUGGCUCACUUCAACUACUUGAUCAGAUGUUGCAACUAAACUUACAGAGAUUGUCGAACUCUGCUGCAACUGCUACGGGUGCUAACCAAGUGUUCCUUGUAAUUCUUCUCUCUCCUUGUAACUCAUAUCAUGUAUUCAUGUUUGAUUUAGUUACUUUCUGUUCUUUGCCUUUUCGGGCUUACAUUGAAGCUGCUGAAGUAAUGCUGGAAGAUGAUGUUGCUUCCAAUAAAGCAAUCGGUCUUGCAAUAGCUGGAUUUGGAACUGCUCUUAGAGUAAUCCAUGCACUACAUGCUGAUGGAGUACUUGAAAGAGCUUAUUGUACAGAAACCCGUCCAUUUAACCAAGGAUCAAGAUUAACAGCUUAUGAAUUAGUUCAUGACAAAAUACCCGCGACUCUUAUAGCAGAUUUUGCAGCUGCUGCUUUAAUGAAAACUAGAUCUAUCCAUGUUGUCAUUGUUGGAGCUGAUCGUGUUACUGCUAAUGGUGGCACUGCGAACAAGAUUGGAACAUAUAGCCUAGCGUCGUCUGCUAAACAUCAUGGUGUUCAAUUUUACGUUGCGGCCCCCUUGACUUCAGUUGACUUGUCCUUAUCUUCUGGAAAUGAAAUUGUUAUAGAAGAAAGGUCACCAAAGGAGUUACUUAACACACAUGGUGGUAUGGGAGAACAAGUUGUAGCUUCUGUGAUUUGUGUUUGGAAUCCAACUUUUGAUGUUACACCAGCUAAUUUAAUAUCUGGUAUCAUAACUGAAAAGGUAUUCUUCAAUCUUCAAUACAAAAGGCAUUAAUUUAUGUUAUGGGUAUAUUAUAUAUAUGAUUAAUUUAUGUUACACACACAUGAUUUUGUUCUUAUUAUUCCAUUUUCUAAUUUUCUAUCUAU